AGUGAGUUCAUUUUUGUUUUAUGUCCUUAAAUCAAAAAGUCCCCACCUCAAUUCCUCUCUCCUCUCCUCCCAUUAAAAUUCCCAUUUCAUUACCCCCAUCCGAAUCCCAUUUUGCCAUGGGCGUCGACAUGUCCAAUCCACCCACCAAAGACUUCUUUGCCUCUCCCGCUCUCUCCCUCAGUCUUGCCGGAAUAUUCCGGGGUGCUGGGGCAAACGAGGCAGCUGCAGCCACGCCGAGUGCGGAGGUGGAGGAAGGAGACGAAGGGAGCGGAGGCAAAAGGGAUGAGACAGUAGAGAUUAGCAGUGAAAACUCGGGUCCCGCGAGAUCAAGAUCGGAGGAUAUUGAUUUUGAUGGUAGGGAAUUAGCUGAAGAUGAAGAAGAAGAAGAUGACAAGAAUAAAAAGAAGAAGAGAAAAAAGUAUCAUCGUCACACCGCAGAUCAAAUCAGAGAAAUGGAAACGCUGUUCAAGGAAUCCCCUCAUCCUGAUGAAAAGCAAAGGCAGCAUCUGAGCAAACAAUUAGGCCUUGCACCUAGGCAAGUCAAGUUUUGGUUCCAAAAUCGCCGAACUCAGAUUAAGGCUAUACAAGAGCGGCAUGAAAAUUCCUUGCUCAAACAAGAGCUGGAGAAACUCCGGGAUGAAAACAAGGCCAUGAGAGAGACUAUAAACAAAGCUUGCUGCCCCAACUGCGGCACGGCCACCACCAGCCGGGACAGCGCCUUGACAACUGAGGAACAACAACUCCGUAUUGAGAAUGCCAAACUUAAAGCCGAGGUGGAGAAACUGAGGGCUGCAAUCGGAAAACACCCAGCAGCAUCAAACAGUUCGUGCUCGGCCGGAAAUGACCAAGAAAACAGAAGUUCCUUGGAUUUCUACACUGGAAUUUUCGGGCUAGAGAAGUCAAGGAUUCUGGAAAUUGUGAAUCAAGCAAUGGAAGAACUAAAAACAAUGGCCACCGCCGGUGAACCACUCUGGGUUCGGAGCGUGGAGACUGGGAGAGAGAUACUCAACUAUGACGAGUACAUCAAAGAGUUUCCCGUUGAAAAUUCCGGUAAUGGGAGGCCGAAGCGAUCCAUUGAGGCUUCGAGAGAGACGGGAGUCGUUUUCGUGGAUCUCCCUAGACUUGUUCAAAGUUUCAUGGAUGUGAAUCAAUGGAAGGAAAUGUUUCCAUGCUUAAUUUCAAAGGCAGCUACAGUUGAUGUAAUUUGCAAUGGCGAAGGUGCUAAUAAAAAUGGUGCGGUUCUGCUGAUGUUUGCGGAGCUGCAAAUGCUGACACCAUUAGUGCCCACCAGAGAAGUGUAUUUCGUCCGAUACUGCCAGCAACUUUCUGCCGAGCAAUGGGCAAUAGUUGAUGUUUCUAUCGACAAGGUUGAAGAAAACAUCGAUGCAUCCUUAAUCAAAUGCAGAAAACGUCCCUCAGGAUGUAUCAUUGAAGAUAAAUCCAAUGGCCAUUGCAAGGUGACAUGGGUGGAACACCUGGAGAGCCAGAAAAGCACUGUCCAUAGCAUGUAUCGAACCAUUGUUAAUAGUGGUUUGGCCUUUGGUGCAAGGCAUUGGAUGGCUACUUUGCAGCUCCAGUGUGAGCGGCUUGUCUUCUUCAUGGCAACCAACGUUCCCACCAAGGACUCAACAGGUGUUGCAACAUUGGCUGGGAGGAAGAGCAUACUGAAGUUAGCACAGAGAAUGACAUGGAGCUUCUGUCGUGCGAUUGGGGCAUCAAGUUAUAACACAUGGAACAAGGUUUCUAGCAAGACAGGGGAGGACAUAAGGGUGUCUUCUAGGAAAAAUUUGAAUGAUCCUGGAGAGCCUCUGGGAGUCAUUGUGUGUGCAGUUUCAUCCGUUUGGCUGCCUGCCUCUCCCAAUGUCUUGUUUGAUUUCUUGAGAGAUGAAGCCCGUCGCAGUGAGUGGGAUAUCAUGUCAAGUGGAGGUUCAGUACAGUCUAUAGCAAACCUGGCUAAAGGGCAAGAUCGAGGCAAUGCAGUAACCAUUCAAACAAUGAAGUCAAAAGAGAAUAGUAUGUGGGUACUUCAGGAUAGCUGCACUAAUGCUUAUGAAUCCAUGGUGGUUUUUGCUCCCGUGGACAUAUCUGGGAUGCAGUCUGUAAUCACCGGUUGCGACUCCAGCAACAUAGCUGUGUUAGCUUCAGGGUUCUCCAUUCUACCUGAUGGAAUCGAGUCUAGACCAUUAGUUAUCACUUCCAGACAGGAGGAGAAGAGCACAGAAGGAGGAUCUUUGCUUACAAUAGCAUUCCAAAUCCUAACCAACAGCUCCCCAACUGCCAAACUCACCAUGGAGUCUGUGGAGUCUGUCAACACACUCAUUUCAUGCACAUUGCGAAACAUAAAGACAAGCUUGCAGUGUGAAGAUAGUUGAUUACAGUAGUUUUGUUGGUUGAUUAGAUAUUAAUUGUAAAACUCAUAGGUUUCCCCCUUUUUUUUUUUUAUGGUUUCUUCUCUGCAACUUACAGUUUUUAAGAAAACGAGCUAAUUUUAUGUGGGCUUGUUUUAUUGUUGCCUCUUUGGUUAGAACCAAUGACUUGGAUGUCAGGGAUACUUUGGUGGAUAUGCUGGCAAGGCCUAGGAAGGGAGAGUUUGGAUUUGAAUCUUUUUAGAUUUAGGAAAUUGAGUAUUUUAUGUAUAUAAUUAUUAUUCAUUAAUGCCAUUUCCUAGUUUUGAUUGUUUUUAUCAAUUUCAGUAAAGCCAAAACAAUGCU